AUGUUUUUUCCGGCGAGUAUAAAUAAGUUUACCAAAAAAAAAAGUAGCAAAACAGAUAAAUUUAUUGAAACCGCGAGUAACUAUACAGGUUAUGGAGAAGCCGUAGUAAAAGUUACAUCAUCGAUAAAUACAGCGACUUCGGUAUUAAUUCCUUUUGAGAAAUUCUUGCCAUUAUUUGGUGAUGUGGUAAAGAUCCUUGAUAACGCAGUUCAAAUGUACGUUAUUGCGCAACAUAACAAAAACAUAUGUAAAUUAUUAAUUCAAAGGAUUGGAGUUGCAAAUUCGCAAAUUUCAAUAUUAAAAACUCAAAAGGAUUUAUUCACAACGGAAAGUUAUGAGAGCUUACAAAAAUUAGUAAAUUUACUCGGCUUAAUGAGGAAUUUCAUUGGUGAUAUAUCAAAGUAUGGUAAAAUAAGAAAAUAUUUAGAAGGUAAAACUAUUCAACAAACGUAUCAAGAAUUAUGUAAAGAAUAUGAUAGCAGCAUUAAUUUUUUGAAUUUAUUGGUUACGAUAAAUUUUCGUAUAAGCGCAAAGGAAGAAAAUGAAAUGAUAAGAAAAGAUAUUGCAGCGCUUGAAAAGUUUGGUAGCUUAUUAGAGUCAAGUAUCGAUGCAUCUAAAAAGCAGACACACCGAUUAAAAUCGGUUGUGAAAGAAGUUAUAGAGCUAAGCCAGCUAAGUCAGUUAAAACAGUUAAAUCAAGUUAUACAAGAGGUUAGGGACGUGAAGUCAAUGAUAGAUAAUUUACCAAAAAAUAAUAAAUCAAAAAAUCAAAAAUUAAUUGAUAAUUAUUUUCAAGAAAAAUUACUCAAAUAUGAAGAGUAUAAACAAGAUGAAUCAUACAACGUUAAAAAUAAUUUGAGAAAAUAUAAACAUUUAAUAAACGGACAAGAAUAUGCUUUCAAAAAGGUGGCCAGCGAAAAACAUUCGGAGGAAUUAGAUCAAAUCAAAAAUCAACUUAUAAUUCUUAAACAAAUUAAGGGAUGUUUGAACAUCAUUUAUUUUUAUGGACUAUCCUUCGAUGGAAAUUAUUAUUAUCUUGUCACCGAAUGGGCGAGUAAAGCUAAUUUACGUAAAUAUCUCGAAUGCAAAAUUGGAAUCGAAUUAAAGAUUAGGAUCGCAUUUGAUGUUGUAAAAGGAUUAAACUUUUUGAAUGCUGUUGGGAUUGUUCAUCAUGAUGUUAGACCCGAUAAUAUCGUCAUUACGGAACAUGAUCAAGCAAAGAUUACCAAUUUCGAAUACAGUCGUGGCAAUAAAGAUCAAACAAAGAAUCAAGAAUUGAAUAUUAUGCGUUCUCGUUACAAUGCACCAGAAAUAUUGGCUAGAAGUCGAGAGGAAGAUGUGAAGCAAAAAUACGACGUUAAAUGUGAAGUAUACAGUUUUGGCCUACUUUUAUGGGAAAUCGCCGAAGAAAAGUUGCCAUAUAAAGACAAAAAUGAUGUAUUAUCUAUUUAUAACUUGGUAUGUUUAGAAAGGUAUCAAGAACAAUUUUCACCAGAUAGCAAAUUUCCAAUCAAAUAUCGAAACUUAUCGAAGAUGGCAGUUGACCAAAAUCCAGAAAGGAGACCCGUUUUUGCAGAUAUUUUAAUCAAAUUAAAUGAUAUCUAUGUGGAAUUUGAGAAUCAAUCAUCAAAUGCGGUUGAAGAAGAACCUCCAUCUAUUCCAAGUGCAGUAUUUGAUUGGUCUUUAUUUGAUUAUAUGACUCUUGAUGAAGCAAUUAAAGAACAUGAAAAAGCUGAAAAUGGCGAUGUGGAUGUCGAAAGAGAUAAAAUAUACAAAUGUUUUGAAACUUUUGCGUGCAUGAAUGACUAUCAAGCAAAAUAUUAUCAGGCAUUUUAUAUUACCAAAGGUUGGUCUGACCUUAAGUGCGAAAAAUUUGAACGGGAUAAAAAAGCUUUAGAACUUUUCAGAGAAGUUGCUGACUAUAGCGAUGAAUUUCCCGAGGCUCAGCUUAGAUAUGGCACCAUGUUAACACAAGGAUUAGGUUGUAAGCGGGACUCCCAACAAGGAACUCAAUAUUUACUUAAAGCCGCAAAUAAUGGUAACAAGACUGCCAUGUUCAAUAUAGCAACAUGGUAUUAUAUGAAUAAGGAUAAGCCAUCAGGUGAUCGUUACAUGACUAUGUCUGCUCUUAAAGAUUAUCCGCCGGCUAUUAAAUAUUGUAAAAAAAAUAACAUUCUUUGA